AUGUUUAAUUAUCUAAAAAGAAUGUUUUGUGGUGAAUUUGAUACUGAUGAACUAUCCAACAUUAAUGUUGAAGGCAAUCUUGGCAUUAAAGUAUCAUCACCUUCAGUAUCCUUUGGAUGUAUCGAAAGUGCAUCGAAUCUUAUCAAUCUAAAUAAAAUAAGUUCACGAAUACUUGAAGAUGCCGCAUUGAAAUUAUGGUCAAAUUUAAAUCUGGAUAGAAUAAAUUUUAAUCAUGAAUUGUUAAAAUUAACUGCAAAGUUACAAGAAAAUAUUGCUGUUAACUUCAAUAAUCAACAACAAUAUCAUCAUGAAUAUUGUAAUGAUGGUAACAAUAAUGAUUAUACUAAUUAUAGGUUAGCACAGAUUUUCUCUCUGUCUAACUUCAAAGUAAAUCCAUCAUCAUCAUCAUCAUCAUCAUGUUCACAGUCAACAUUGUCAUCGCCUUCUAUAAUACAUGACAACAUAAACAAUUAUAACAAUACUAAUGUUACUAAAAUGAAUUCCAAAAAUGACAUUGCAUUAUCACUAACUAAUUAUUCAACUGUAUCACAAAUUGCUCAAUUAGCAUCAGUUGCUAACCUUUCAAAUUCUACUGGAUUAGAUCUACAUUGUCCAGCUAACUUUUAUGCACUAGAAAAUGAUAAACUGAUCACUUCUAAUUAUACAAAUGAGGCUCAUACAAAUAUUACCGAAACUUUAAUUCCUAAUAAUUCAGCUAACAUUACCACUUCCAUUGCAAACACCUUAUUAUCUGGUCAUAAUACUUCAUCUUUUACAAAUAACACAUCUGUUCAUUAUACCGAUGUUUCUUUUCAAAAUCUAGCUGAAAAUUCUAAUGUGACGACUGAAAAUGAGAUUUCACAUGAUGUUUUACAGCAACAACUUAAAAAUCUGUCUGAUUAUCAUUGUCAUCGACAACAAAUCACAAAGUCAAAAUUAUCUGAACUACAAACUGAAGAUACAAACAGUUCGAUAGAAAUAAAACAAUCAAAGCCGUCAAUAGAAUUAAUCAAAACUAAACAGACAUUAUAUUGUUGCGCUAUAUGCCGACAAAGAUUUCAUUCAAAUACUGGUCUAAGACGUCAUAAUCUAGCUUUACAUGCAACUGAAGCUAUGAAAUGUGACCAAUGUGUGAAAGUUUUCAGACAUCAAGCAGCUUUAUCUGAUCAUAAAAAACGUGUUCAUGGUCCACGUGAAUAUAUUUGUGGUAUAUGCUCUGCGGAUUUCGCUACAGAAACUUAUCUACGUUCCCAUGUACGAAUUCAUGAUGAGAAAAGAUUCAUUUGUUUAGAAUGCAAACAUGGUUUUUCAAAUCCAUCAGAUUUAAAAAAUCAUAUGCGAAUACAUAAUGAUGAAAAACCAUUUGAAUGUGAAGUGUGUGGCAAAGCAUUCCGUCAUGUUAGCGGGUUUUAUGCUCACAUACGAAUUCAUACAGGUGAAACACCAUAUCAGUGUGAACUGUGCGCAAAGAAAUUUAGUAAUGCAAGCAAUUUCCGUAUGCAUAGAAGGGUACAUACGAAAGAAAUGCAGUUUCGCUGUCAAACAUGUGGUAAAGAAUUUAUCCAACCAAGUAAUUAUAGCCGACAUCUACGCAUACAUACAAAAGAAAGACCUUAUUCAUGUAAUUUAUGCUCCGCGGAAUUUCUCUAUUCUACUUCUCUAAAACGACAUCAACAACGUCAUCACGGUUUAGAAUUAUUAAGAUGUCAGUUAUGCCAGAAAACUUUUCUCAAUGAAUCAUGCCUUAUUCGACAUCGUACUGGUUGUGAAUUACGUGCUUGUGUUAAAACGGCAGAUGAAGAAUUAUACACCCAUUUAUUAUGA